AUGAAGUUCUCCCUCCUUGUGGUGCUGGCUUUGGUCCUAUUUGCAGCUCAAGCAAAUGCCCUGUACUGCUACACCUGCAACUGGGAACAAAGCAACUGGAGCUGCCUGAAGGCCGAGAAGUGCUCGGAGAAGGACGAGUACUGCGUCACCAACGUGGCCUCUGUAGGAAUCGGCGUUUUGUCCCUGUGGAAGAGGAUCACCAAGAAGUGCUCCAGCACCUGCCCACAUCACAACUUCCUCCUGGGCCUGGUCACCUACACCUCCUACUGCUGCCAAAGCUUCCUGUGCAACCUGAGCGCGUGUCCAGGGCCCCGGCUGGCUCGCCCAUGA